UUCACAUAUCACUCUGGAGAAUUUGUGAAUCAGAGUUUGUAUUUUUCUCUGUAAUUGUAGAAUUUUUUUUCUCAAAAUUCUGUGUUAAUUUCGAAGUUCUGUGUGAUCUCUGCAAUGGUGCAGAUUUGAGCUUGCAGAACUGCGAUUUUCUCGGAGGCUAAGCUCAACUGCUCCAAUUCCACUUCUGGGUUUUCAUAUUUUCACUAUUUCAUACAAAAAAGUUUGUGUUUUUGAAGUGUCUUGUAAGAUUGUAAGUUUUUCCUGCAUUAAAAUCAACUUCUCUUCAAUAAAGUUAGCAUUAUUUCCCUUUUAAAUUUUUUUUUUCUGAUAUUUUCUGGGUGAUUGAGUGUGAAAAUGUUUGAAUCUUCAAUGGGUAGGGUUUAAGCAAAAUUUUGAGGUUUUGGGGUAUCUUAGUUUUUCUUUGAUUCGCAUAAAAAUGGAGGAAAGGGUGAGUUUUGGUGCUGGGCAUGCAGUGGUGGGGGAUGAGGCCCCAGAGAGCUUCCACGUGGCUCCGAGGAUUGAGAACAACUUGGACUUUUCCAGGGCCACGGUGCCGGCGCCGACGCCGGCGACGGUGCAGAAGAAGAAGAGGGGGAGGCCAAGGAAGUAUGCACCGGACGGAAAGCUGGCGUUAGGGACUGUGACGGCGCUAUCGCCGAUGCCGAUUUCAUCGUCGAUUCCGUUGACCGGCGAGUUCUCAGCUUGGAAACGAGGUAGAGGGAAGCCUGUUGAAUCUAUCAAGAAGUUAUCAUAUAAGUAUGAAGUUGAAAGUCCAGGACCAGGUGAGGGAAUUGCAUACUCAGUUGGUGCCAAUUUCACACCGCAUGUGCUUACAGUAAAUGCUGGCGAGGAUAUUACUAUGAAGAUUAUGUCAUUCUCUCAACAAGGAUCACGUGCUAUUUGCAUUCUCUCUGCGACUGGCACAAUUUCAAAUGUUACACUUCGUCAACCGACUUCUUCCGGGGGUACUUUAACAUAUGAGGGACGGUUUGAGAUUCUUUCCUUGUCCGGUUCCUUUAUGCCAACCGAGAAUGGAGUUGCAAGAAGCAGAUCUGGUGGGAUGAGUGUCACUUUGGCAGGUCCCGAUGGUCGAGUAAUGGGGGGUGGACUUGCUGGUUUGCUGGUAGCUGCUGGUCCUGUGCAGGUUGUUGUGGGCAGUUUUCUUCCUGGUCACCAGCUUGAGCAUAAACCCAAGAAGCAGAGGGUGGAUCAUAUGCCAACUAUGACCUCUACACAUGUUAAUGUUAUAUCUAAUGAGGAAAUAAAUGUCAGUUUUGGUGGAGUAAAGCCUAUUAUGACACCUGCUGCUUUUCAAGAAGAGAAUAAUGCUUCUUUUAACAAUGUUCAAGACUCUAGGAACUCAUCUGCUGAUGAUAAAGAGCCUUUACCUGAAAAGGAGUCUAACCUAGGCCAAUCAAAUGCUGAGGCUACAUUGUGAAUUAUUUGGUAUUCCACAGAGUCAACCUCAAUUUCUGACAAUUAACUUACAAAGACAGCUCUGAUAGUCAGAUGAGUGUCACAUGGUGGUUUUGACUCAAAAGUUGGACUCUUAUGUACUAGGUGUUAGUUGGGAAAUCUGUUUGUUAGGCUUUCCACGUGUCCGUUCUCCUGAUGUAUCUUUAGUAUUGUUUACUCAUUGUUGUAGCAAUUAGAUGUAGGAUAUAUGUUGUGCCAUUUUUUCUCCCUUAUUUACAUUCUAUAUGGAUGUUAUAAAUGUGAGUGGAUGUGAGUGUUUCUGUACUGUAACUCAACAAUUAAUAUUAUUUGUUGUGAAAGAUG